GUGCUAGAACAACAUUUACCGUCAUGCUCAGUGUUACGUUAGCGUAAUGACGUCCGCAGUUCAAAGGUUAAAGUUUGAAAACGUGGGAUUUGGAGCAACACGAACUACCGAUGUAGUUUCGUUUUUCACGAAAUUGGCUUGACAUUACAGCCAUAACUUCUUAUUAUUUCAGCUAUGGCUUCUGUGGCUAAAUCUGCGGCGAAUGAAGCGUUGAUUAACUUAAUCUACCGGCAUUUGAAGGACAACGGUUAUGAGAAAGCAGCCAACGUGCUGCGAAAGCAUAUUCCUAAGGGGGAAGAAGGUGUGGCAAAUGCGUCCUUACAUGACAUCUACAACAAAUGGACCGCGGGGUCGCAAAGCGGAAGUAAUGCUACUGAAGAUUCCAUCAGUACAGCAAGUUCCAGUGACGAUGAGCCCCAGAACAACAUACCGGGUACUCCAGCCAACAACACACAGGCAAAAACAGUUCCCUGUACAGGCUCACCAUCACAACCCAAAGGAAAGACAGCCAGUAAGAAGGAUAGCAAGGGACCCUCAAAGAAGAACGCACAGAGCACAGGGAAACCAGCAAAACGGAAAGAGAAGAGCGAGGUUCCAACCCCAACAGCCAAGAGGAGAAAGAAAAUCUCUGACUUGGAGGCUGCCUCAGCCGUAGUGUCCAUGACCCCCACCACACAUGCAGACGAUUCGGACUCAGACAGCAGUCUGGAUGUUGACAAAUGGAAGAGGCUCGCCUUGGAACUAACAGAUGCUGACAUUGCAAGGAUGGAAGCUAUAGCCUCAGUUAACUCCAAGAGUCCAUCAAAUGGCAGGAAAACCGCUGCAGCAAAGACUGCAAAAACCACUGCCACACCGAGAAAGAAAUCCACUUCAAAACCCACGGCUUCAAAGAACAAGCCCCCUUCAAAAACAGCCAACUUGAAGACUCCAUCUGAAGACAGUAAAACUAAACCUGUUCAAGAGCCCAAUAACACAAAAACGAAUAAAACGAAGAAGGAUCCGUCAAAGUCUGCGAAGGCCAAGGCUGCUACAGCCAUAUCUCAUGAAAGUACUCCUAAACCUACCUCAAUAGAUGGUACAGCAACUAUUUCCUCAGAAGCUAAGAUUGUAGAUACUGCCUCAGCUGACCCAAAAAAUGUCAAGACCCCUAAAAAAUCUGUUAAAUCAAAGAAUCCCAAGACCCCUUCUAAAGAAGGUACAGCUACCAAUUCUAGUGAAGUUGAAAAUACAGAGACUGCUUUAGUUGACCAAAGCACAAAGACCCCCUCAAAACCCCAUAAACACAAGACUCCAAAGACCCCUUCUAAAGAUAUUGUAGCAACUAAUUCAACAGAAGUUAGAAAACCAGAGACCCCUUCAAAAUCUGGCAAAAAGAAGACCCACAGGACCCCUUCUAAAGAGGGUGAAGGUACGACCCCUCCAGAGGACGUUCCAAUGGCAAAUUCCACUGUGGUCACCAAGACAAAACCUGUCUCCGCUGAGCAAAAUGGCAGCUCAUUUUCAACACCAGUCAAGACCUCCAAAAAAAGCAAAACUAAGACAGCAUUUAAGAGCUCAGAUUCUGCAGAAGGUCGCGAUGCAGAUACACCUUUAAAGGAAAACAAAGAAACAGACACCUCAGCUGAGCAGAGUACCAAUACCACCACUACAAAACCUCAUAAAUCAAAGACUCAUAAGCCCUCUAAGGACAGUGCAACUAAGGAUUCCUCAGAAGUUCAGAACACAGAGACCCCUUCAAAAAGCAAGGUCACAGAGACAUCUGGUGACCAAAAUGGUACAACUACAUCAAAACAUAAAAAACAUAAGACUCCCAAGAACCCCCCAGGGGAGGUUAUCGUAGAAGGGAAUGAACUUGUGAAUGCCCCCGAAGAAAAGGCUCAGGAUCCCUCCUCUGAACCUACAGUGGAGAAAAAGAAACGCAAGAAAAGGAAAAAGGAAGAAGAAGCGGUUGUAGAGGAGCCUGAAGCGGUUGUAGAGGAGCCUGAAGAGCUCUCUUCAGAGCUGAAGAAGAAAAAGAAGAAGAAGAAGAAGAAGGAUGAAGCAGAAGAGAGGAGUGAAGAGCAAAGCCAAGAGAGUGUUGAAGGAACAGAACCACAACAUGCACAGGAACAAUUGGUUACUGUGACAACUUCGGAACCUACAUCGGAGAAGAAGAAGAAGAGAAAAAAGGACAAAGACAUGGAAGGAGAAAAGGAGGAAGUCACAUUAGCGCCAUCAGCUCCACCUGUAGAGGAGGCGCCCCUUAAGAAGAAGAAAAAGAAGAAAUUGCUGAGUAAUCUGCCGAACACAGAUCUGUUACCUGAGCAGUUCUGAGCACCAGACAGGCACAGCUGGAGAGGGAGGUGUCCCGCUUAAGCUACCCCUCACAGAGGGCCCUCAGCUUGGGAGAGCCCCAGUGUGGAGCCCCUGGACAGGCCUCAAGAUGCCAGGCCCACCCGUCCACACAGACUCUGAGAAAGGGAAAGUACCUUUUUAAAAACGCAAGAGGACUCAUUUUAAGUUUCCUUCUUAAAGAAAAGGAAGACAUGCAGUCUUUGUAGUGUAUUUUAUAUGUAGUUUUGUAAAUCCCAUUUAGUAUCUUCUAUUUUGAUUGUUGUGGCACCAUGUAAGGAUCACGUGCAAUCAGACAAAGCACCUGAAGUAUGAAUCGGUGCAUACUUUUAAACAUACUUUUACAACAGUGAACAAAUGAAAAA